UAACCGCUUGGGCCAAGCUCACAAAGAUGGCCGGCGCGGUUCGGUGAAUCGGAUCGCGCAAGCGACCGCGUGUUUCCGCUGUUUACCGCGGGUAGUAUUUAUUAUUUCGAGCUUUUUUUAGUGCUGGGCAGAGCGAUGGAUCGAGCUCGGAGGAACCACGCCACUCGGAGCUCGAGGCUAGCAGCCCAUCGCUUGAACCAAACCGUAGAUUGAGUGCUACUGUAUGUCAUCCAAAUCAUCUCUCGGGUAACGAAGAAUGAAACACAACAUGGCUGCGUCUCUCAGUUCACAGGAAGAGCAGCUGGUGAAGGAAUUUAUGAAAGUGGUGAAUGAACAAAGGUUGAGUCACAGUGCAGGGCCUUUGACAUGGAAUGCUGCUGUCAAAUUCAUGAUGGCCCGAAAGUUUGACAUUCGCCGAGCCCUGUCCCUGUAUGAAGCUCACGAGAUCACUCGAUAUCGAGAAGGGCUGUGCACUUUUGACCCUACAACUGAUCCCUUAAAAGGGGAACUGGAAACUGGGAAGUUCACAGUCUUGCCGACACGAGACAGUUCCGGAGCUGCCAUCACCAUGUUCACAGCGAGCAAGCACUGGCCAUUGCAGAGUUCGCACAAGGUCACCCUACAAGGUGUUGUCUACCAGCUAGAUGUGGCCUUGGAGAGCCUCGAAAGCCAAAGAUGCGGGAUAGUGUUCAUAUACAACAUGACCGGCUCAAAGUACCAGAACUUUGACUACGAGCUCAGUCAAAAAAUACUGAAUCUUCUCAAGGGCGCCUACCCAGCAAGGUUGAAGAAAGUCUUGAUUGUUAACGCGCCAUUGUGGUUCAAGGCACCAUUCCGAAUACUUCGCCUUUUUGUCAGGGAAAAGCUCAGGGACAGGGUGACUACAGUUAGCCUGGAACAGCUAGGUGCACACAUUCCAUACACUUCAUUGCCUCGAGAGCUUGGAGGCAGUCUGGCUAUCAACCACAAGGCCUGGCUGCUUCAUUGUCUCAAGUCCAUGGCUAACAGGUACAACUUGUCAAGCGAGGUGCCAGUACCACCGGCCGUGCUUCCAACCAAUCCUGCCGAGUCCGUCGAAAAUGAUGUUGCAGCAGGGGAGGUGACAGAAGAGGAGGAAGAAGAGGCCUCUUCUGCGGCGCAGCCUGCAGCCAUCAAAACUCAAAACUCCGUCCAAGAGAAACAUAACUGCGAGGAACGUGAAAAGGAAGUUGAAGUCAUCAAGGAGCCUGUCAAAACUACCACAGCAAAGGAAGAGCCUGGUGAGCAGACGAGGGUUGCAGCAGCUUCACCUGAACUCGUGACAGAAGAAGAGGAAGACGAGAAAUGCCCUUCGUCAUCGUCAGUGUCUUCGUCAUCUCAGUGGGAUGAAGGCACUGCCAAUGGCGACCACAAAGAUGGUGCCAUCACAUUGGAGGAGUUUAUCAGCCAACUUCAAGUCAAAGGUCGUCGUGGCUUGUACCAGGAGUAUUCUGAACUAAAAGCAAAAAGUCCGGAGGGCACCUUUGUCACUGCAAGAGUGAAACCAAACCAGUGCAAAAACAGGUACACGGAUGUGCUAUGUUUCGACCACAGCAGAGUGGUUCUGUCCAUGAGGAAUGAAGAUGACUGCAGCACAUACAUCAACGCCAACUUUGUAGAUGGUUACCAUCAAAAAAAUGCUUUCAUAUCAACACAAGGACCUUUGCCAAAGACAUACACAGACUUCUGGCGAAUGAUCUGGGAGCAGCGCUGUGCAGUAAUUGUCAUGACGACACGAACCUUUGAAAGAGGGCGGGGCAAGUGCGGCCAGUACUGGCCACCUGGGGAGGCUGGUGCCUCCAUAGAGCUUGAAGACCUGUUCAAGAUCACCGUCUUGGCCAAGGACUCCAAGCCAGAUUAUGUUGAAACACAGCUGGAACUGUUCAAUUGCGAGAUCCAAGAGUCCCGCUCUGUGAGUCACCUGCAGUUUACAAGUUGGCCCGAUUACGGUGUGCCUGAUUCAGCCUUGGCCAUGCUUGCCUUCCGAGGAGUGGUCCGUGAGAAGCAGGCACAGGCAGUGGCUUCUAUGGAGCCCAAGUGGGAUGGGCAUCCCCUAGGGCCACCUAUCGUAGUCCAUUGCAGCGCUGGAAUUGGCCGUACUGGAACAUUCAUUACUUUGGACAUUUGCAUCAAGCAACUGGAGGAAGAGGGGAGAGUGGACGUUCGUUCCACAGUAGAACGAAUUCGUGCCCAGCGUGCGUUUAGCAUUCAGAUGCCCGACCAAUACGUCUUCUGCCACCUUGCACUGCUUGAGUUUGCCCUACUCCGUGGGCUGCUUCAAGAUGUGGCGUUGGAUGGCUUCGACGAUGACGAUGACCGUGACGGCUCGGACUCAGAGUGAUUAUUUUCAUGUGGUGUUCUCCUGUAAAACUGAUAUCUUUUAACUCUCCUGUUGCAAACUUGUGGCUGUAGUCAUGAGGUGACGACUGGCACUGAUUCUUCAAAACAUUUCCCUUUUAACUAAGUUCAGUUGAGGCAUGUGGAUGUCCCAAAUAACUAAUGGCAUACCUAUAAUUAACUCUUAAGAAGUGAUUUUGUGAUCUGCCGAGAUAGGCAUGUAGGCUUUCUGUUUUGUGCAGACCAAUGGAACGAGUUUUAUUUUCAUUUAGUAGCUGGAAUGCUUGCUGAAUACUUUAAGAACGCUAACCUGAGAUGGUAAGUUGUGGCACAACUUUUAAGUAGUAUACUAGGGACAGCGUAUAAAGCAUGCUUAGUGGGGAGGAAUUUCAUAGUACUCUUUUUGCCUCUUAGCCCUUCCCCCAACUUGCUUUCUGCGUUCGGCGAGCUGUGCAGGCAUUGUUAGAUAACAAUGUAUUCGACUAAGGUGCCUUAAAGUGUGUGCACCGCUUUCAUUAAUAAGAACUAUUCAGCAAUUGUGCGAGAUUUGAGCAGUAAUGUAUUCAUGCUAAUGCUGUGAAAGCUGUACUGAGGCUUUAUUGAAAUACGCUGGUCAUAAUCCACACCUCAUGCAUGCAUCAGGGGUCGCUUUUGAAUUUUCCCACAUUUGUGCAACACCCUUUAUACUUCCUGAACCAGCAGCACAAAUCUAGAACACUGAUGUGUGUUUUAAAAGCAAGUUUAGUCGACCGGAUUACAUUGGAUUGCACUAAUUAGCAAUGCUGAAGAUAAUUGCAUAUAACAGUGACUACUUUCUCCAAAGAUGUGCGGGCAGCGAUUGAUAAGUUCGAGAAGUUAUUUUUUCACUGUUAGUGUAGUGCUAAGCUCUUUGAUACCUAACUGCAGCAGCAGGCAUGUGAUGCCCACAAUGUCAUAUAAAAGCUUUCAUGUUGUCUUUAUGUUCACUA